CUUUCUGGUCACAUGCUGCCUUUCUCUGACCUUUCUUUAUAAUUUGCCCCGACGUCUUAUCCUUGUUUGUCUUCAUAAAAUAAGAGGUCAAAUUGGAAAACUAGACAAUUAAAAUGACACCUCUCCAGACCCAGACCCAGACCCAGACACAGCUCUCCUCUUCUUCUUCUUCUUCCUCCCCCUCCUACUCCUGUUCCCAUUAUCCCAUUCUCAUAGUUGUCCCAUUCCUCUCUUUCCUUUUAGGUCUUGCUGUUACUAGUUUGUGAGGGGAGAUAGUGCAAAUUUGGUCUCUUUCUUUGAGGGGUCAGGUCACACAAACAAGAAGAAGAAGAAGAAGCACAAGAAAGUUCUCCUGAGGCAUGGCUGCAAUUGACGUUCUCAAGUAUGCUCAUAGUCCUGCACACAAAGCCAUAGUCACCAAGGACUAUGCCAGUCUCAGGAGGAUUCUUGCAGCUCUUCCGCGGCUUUCUAAUCCUGCCGAGAUUCAAACUGAAUCAGCUUCAUUAGCUGAAGAAGAGAAGGCCGAUGCCAUUGCUGCCGUCAUUGAUCGACGGGAUGUCCCAAACCGUGACACCCCUCUUCACUUGGCUGUAAAACUUGGGGACCAGACAGCCACUGAAAUGCUUAUGGUUGCCGGGGCAGACUGGAGCUUGCAGAAUGAGCAGGGGUGGAGUGCACUCCAGGAAGCAAUUUGCAGUAGAGAAGAAGCAAUUUCCAUGAUUAUAGUUAGGCACUAUCAGCCAUUGGCUUGGGCAAAAUGGUGCAGAAGGUUGCCUCGUUUAAUUGGAACCAUGCGGAGGAUGAGAGACUUCUACAUGGAAAUUACAUUCCACUUCGAGAGUUCUGUGAUUCCUUUCAUUUCGAGGAUUGCUCCAUCAGACACAUACAAGAUCUGGAAAAGGGGGGCAAAUUUGAGAGCAGACAUGACAUUGGCUGGUUUCGAUGGUUUUAGGAUUCAGCGUUCUGAUCAGAGUGUUCUUUUUCUUGGUGAUGGGUCUGACGAUGGCAAGGUGCCUCCUGGGUCACUUUGCAUGAUCUCACACAAGGAUAGGGAGGUGAUGAAUGCUUUGGAUGGGGCUGGGUCUCAAGCAACUGAAGAAGAGGUUCGGCAAGAGGUGGUUGCAAUGUCGCAGACUAAUAUAUUCAGGCCUGGCAUUGAUGUGACUCAGGCAGUUCUCUUACCUCAGUUGACUUGGAGGCGGCAGGAGAAAACAGAAACGGUUGGAUCAUGGAAGGCUAAGGUAUAUGAUAUGCAUAAUGUGGUUGUGAGUAUCAAGUCUAGGCGGGUCCCUGGGGCUAUGACAGAUGAUGAGUUUUUCUCAUCUUGCAAUGAAAAUGAAACAGAAAGUGAGGAACUUGAUGAUAUUUUGACAGAGGAUGAGAGGAGGCAACUUGAAGUUGCACUGAAACUGGAUUCAUCCGAAUCGACCAAUGAGAGUGGUGAUGGAAUUAUUGAGCAUCGUCAUAGUUGUUAUGAGUCGAGAGAAAUUCCUAUUGAGGAUGUAAGCAAUUGUAGAAAUGGAGAGACCAAGCAGGAAAAGAAAGGAUGGUUUGGUGGAUGGAGGAAACGGGAUACCAAAAAUGAAGGACAUAAAAAGACUGUCCCACCAAGAAGUUCUCUUUGUGUGGAUGAGAAGGUGAGUGAUCUGCUAGGAGAUUCUCCAUCCAGAAAUCAAAGCAGACCCGGAAGAAAUAAUGUGGACGCUGUUGUGAGGGGCGAUGAUCACAGGAGAGGAAGGGAUAUAAAAGCAUCUUCCUCGGUGGGUUCUGAUAGCAGAAGUCGUCAUAAGGAUGCAAGCAAGGAGAAUGAGUAUAAGAAAGGGCUAAGGCCUAUUCUCUGGCUUUCCCCCAACUUUCCACUACAAACAGAGGAACUGUUGCCGUUGCUUGAUAUUCUAGCAAACAAGGUUAAGGCCAUCCGUCGUUUGAGGGAACUGCUUACUACCAAACUUCCAAUGGGAACAUUUCCCGUCAAGGUUGCUAUCCCAGUGAUUCCCACUAUCAGAGUAAUUGUCACUUUUACAAAACUUGAAGAAUUAGCCCCAUUGGAUGAAUUUGCAACACCCCCUUCGAGCCCCACUUCUGCAGGCAGAGAGAGCCCAGCAGGGAUGCAAUCCUCGAGUUCAUCUUGGUUUCAGUGGAUACGCGCUCCUUACCAUCGCCCUGGCUCGUCCACUACUGGUUCUAGCAGUAGGAUAGAAACUAUUCCGGACCCAUUUGCAAUUCCAGCAGAUUAUACGUGGGUUACAGUUGAAGCAAAGAAGAAGAAAAUGCAGGAGAAGAACAAAUCAAAGAAAGGGAAAAGUCACCACAAAUGAGGUCAAGACGGGAAUGUAAAGAGGAUUUAGGUCACUAAAGGAACUAAGCAGAUACAAAAUAGACAAAUAGUAUUUCAUUCAUUGUGAUCUCGUGAAUACUGUAAGGAGAAAAAAAAGACUAGUACUAGAGAAGGCUUUGGUAUAGAAAUGGAUAAUCCUUUGUCAAGGGAAAAGCUACUGAAGCAUUGUGGGGUUGGGGUGGGAAAGAUUAAGAAAAAUACUGUCAUUCUUGCUUACAAUGGUGGAUGUUUACACCAGUUUGAUUCCUUAAUUCAUUUCACUUGCAUAUAUUGAACUUGGCUUUAACAAUUAAGUGACUACCUGUUGGUAAACAGGACCUGUAUUUA